UCUAAAUUAUAAAACCACAACAUGAAGAGUUUACUUGGUUAUGCUCUGGUAAUGGAGAGGCACAAGCCUUAUAUUGCCAUGCUCUUCAUACAAUUUGUGUAUGCAGGUAUGGCCUUGUUCUCUAAGGCAGCAAUGGCCAAGGGAAUGAACCCUUUUGUGUUUGUGGUUUAUCGUCAAGCUUUCGCCUCUCUCGCCUUGGCUCCAUUUGCUUUCUUCUUUGAAAGUUCAAAAGACGCUCCUCUUUCGUACACCUUACUCUGCAAGAUUUUCUUCAUUUCCUUAUCUGGGAUUACCCUGAGUUUAAAUCUUUACUAUGUUGCAAUCAACUACACCUCUGCAACGUUUGCUGCAGCCACCACCACAACAAUUCCAGCAAUUACCUUUGUCAUGGCGGUUUUUUUAAGGAUGGAAAGCAUUUCUAUGAAACAUUUGUAUGGUGUGGCCAAGGUGUUGGGUUCUCUCACAAGCCUUUCAGGGGCAUUGGUGUUUGCUUUAGUUAAGGGGCCUUCCAUAAAGUUCACGAAUUGGUAUCCAUCACAUCAUCAGACACAAAUUUCAGACUCAUCAUCUUCCUCCAGAGUGGACUGGAUAAAAGGUUCCUUGUUCAUGAUUUCAGCCAAUACUGCCUGGUCUUUGUGGCUAAUUUUGCAGGGUCCCAUUGUCAAGCAAUAUCCGGCAAAGUUCAGGCUUACCACUCUGCAAUGCUUCUUUAGCUGCAUCCAAUCAUCAUUUUUGGCCAUUGCAAUUGAGAGAAACCCAUCAGCUUGGAAGAUUGGAUGGGACAUUCAUCUUCUCUCUGUUUUCUAUUGUGGUGUAAUUGUGACUGGAAUUACCUACUGGCUGCAAGUUUGGGCCAUAGAGAAGAAAGGCCCAGUUUUCACAUCAAUGUUCACUCCUUUAGCACUGCUUAUAACAGCCAUCUUCUCAGCAAUCAUGUGGAAAGAAGCCCUUCACUGGGGAAGCAUUGGUGGAGGCGUGUUGCUUGUUGUGGGUCUGUAUAGCGUUUUGUGGGGAAAGGACAAAGAGGACAGGAAAAGCGAAGAAAGUGAACAGAAACAAGAAAGCAAGGAGGAAGUGGUAUGAGAGUGCAUUAUUAGUCGAUGGGGAUGGGAUUGUAGCAAAUUCGAUUGGAUGAAUAAAAGGCAUUCCCACGAUGAAUGUUUGUCAUGAACACACAUUUGAUUAAAGCAGUAAUCAUCUCUUUUUGUAACUAUCAAUCGAGGGCUAAAGUUUCCCUUUAUUUUCUUUUUCUUGUCUAAAUUUGUGUUGCAAAAGUUAAAUGUAUAUAGGCUUUGUUUGUGCUAGAUUCCCCAUUUUUAAAUGAGAUGUGUACUUAUGAAUUUUUGGAACA